AUGGACAGCCACGAAACAUGGCCAAAGAGUAGCCCCAAGAGCACUGUUGUUCGCCACCCAGAGUUCUACUUCGCUGAUGGCUCCAUCAUCCUCAUCAUUGAGAAAACUGCUCUCCGCAUCCACCAAUCUGUCCUCACUCACCAUUCUGAAGUCUUCAAGGGAUUAUGGGAUGUCCCUCAGCUGUCGAAGCUGGAAAUGUAUGACGGCUGUCCUAGUGUUGUUCUCUCUGAUUCGGUCAACAACCUCAUCGAUGUGAUGAGGCCCAGCCACUUUGACAAGAUCGCACCGGAGACGAGCCUCAUGGAGCUCGUUACAUUCAUCUCGGGGAUCCUCAGGAUAAGCACCAAGUACGGCAUGCUGCAAAUCCGGCAGAAGUGCAUCAGCAUCAUCCAAGACAAGUUCCCUUCAAUGCUCGCGGGCUGCGACAACAUCUUGAGGUGCAAGAUCCAGUACAUGCCCUCUGAGAUCAUCCGAGUGAUCCCCCUGGCACGUGAGAUGAACAUUCCCCAUGUCCUUCCCUGGGCCUUCUACCUCUGCGCACAGAUUUCCGUUGAGGAGCUGCUUGAGAACCAAAUGCUUUCCUGGCAGGAUAAGGCACUCUGCCUUGCAGGAAAGGAGAACCUUUGGGAGAUGCAGUGUACUGUGACCCACACCUUUCUCCUCAAUUUCUGGCCCUCUCCUCACUGUUCCACAGGAUGCAAGAUGCGUAUGCCAACCACCUUCACCCUCAAGGAUUUCGAGAGCCUUCGAACAUCUCCACAUCUUCUGGGGGAGUACCAAGAUUGGACGGGACUUCGGUUAUGUGCAAAGUGUCAGGCAUUUGCUCAGGCGCAGCAUCAGGAGGGGAGGGAGAAGGUCUGGCAGAAGCUUCCGGGUUUAUUCCACCUUGGGACAUGGGACGAUAUCUUCAAGGACCAGAGUUGUUGA